UAGCAUUUUCCAAUAGCUUGUAUAGUUGUAUCCAUAAAUGUGCCGCUUUACCCUUCACCCUCUCUAGCUCCGUAUACUCAAACUAGUAGAUUAACCCCACACACACCCUUGUUCCUUUUUACAAUCGGUUCAUUCAACACAAAACCCUUCUUGCAUAAACCUUCACAACCUCCUUUGUUUUCUUCACCUUUUGAGAAUAUGGCUUCUUCAUGUUCCCCCAACCCUAAGGGUCCUUCCUUUUCUGACUUUGGAAUCACUGAUUCUGGUGAGCUUUAUGGUAAGAACAACCCCUUUCAGAGGAGUGGACCAAAAGGUGCCGUGGAACGCAUUGCUCUAAAGAAUGACAAAUUAUACAUGCGGGUAGAUAUGCCAGGUGUCCCCAAACAAAACAUGUCCUGCUUUCUCGACCAUUUCAACAAUGUCAUUUUCACUGGCUCAGCACCCAAAGAAUGGGAGCACGAUGACCAAGUUAGAGAGUUCGGAGGUCUUUAUGGACUACGUUGUGGCUGUUGUGAGGUCGCUAAACUCCACGGCAAUAUCACCAACGGUGUACUCAGGAUGAAAAUGUCAAAGAAAAUAUUGAAGAAUGUAACUCGUUGCUCUUAUGGUCCUCCCCCAGUGGACACUCCCAUUAUUUUUUUGCAUGAAGAUAUAGCCUCACACCCAUACCAAACCAAAGGGCCCAGAGAAUCAUAUGGAGCUAAAGAGGUGAAGGAUGGUUUUUAUGUGUGGGUGGACAUGCCUGGAGUCACCAAGGACAAGGUGAGUGUUGGGGUGGAAAAUGGUUGGGUUUUGUUCUCUGGUAAAGCUGGGAAGGAGUCUAUUCACGAGGAGAGUGGCAGGACCUAUCAAGGUAGCUUUGGACCCUUUGAUGUGAACAAGAUUGGGAAGAUCAAGACUGAGGUGAAAAAUGGUGUUUUGAGGAUGAUGAUUCCAGAAAUAGGCCCAGAGUGAUCAAUUUUACGUGGGUUUCACUUUCAUUUAGGACUUAUGUUUAUGACUUUCUUUCUGUCUUCUUUCUGUUUAGGCCUUUAGGGAUAUGUUAGUAAUACUGAAAAUAGUAAUGCUUGUUUUGCACUUUGGACAAAAUAUUUGAAUUGUAGGUUAUUGUCUUA